AUACCUGAAAUUAUACUACCAUCUCCGCUCCAAUUGAAACAGAUCUGCUAGCUCUGCUGUCUGAAUCCUCCAUCUCAUCGCGGAUCUGGUUUCACAGCUCACCCAGAUCAGUUUGUGCAGAUUCAGAGACGAUUAGUUGGUGCCAAUGGGAACAGCUGUGGGCGCAGUCGACAACAAGGAGACAGCUCGAAGCUUAGCUGAUCUGAAUCCUAGUGUAGUGUUUGUCUUGGGUGGUCCAGGCAGUGGAAAGGGUACCCAAUGUGCAAACAUUGUUAAGCAUUUUGGGUACACCCAUCUCAGUGCUGGUGAUCUUCUACGAGCUGAAAGGAAUUCUGGUUCUGAAAAUGGAACCAUGAUUUCGAACAUGAUCAAAGAAGGACAAAUUGUUCCUGCGGUGGUGACGAUUAAGCUUCUGGAGCGAGCAAUGCUGGAGAGUGGUAAUGACAAGUUUCUCAUCGAUGGGUUUCCUCGUAAUGAAGAAAACCGUGCUGCAUUUGAGGAUGUGACUAAAAUCGUGCCCUCAUUCGUCCUGUAUUUUGAUUGUUCUGAAGAAGAGAUGGAGAGGCGCCUUUUGAGUAGGAACCAGGGAAGAGAGGAUGAUAAUGUAGAAACAAUAAGGAAGAGGUUUUGUUUGGUGCUUUCUUUUGUUUAUGUAAUAGUGCAUAAUGUGGAGUAAA